CUUUCGGCAUUUUUUGUCACGAUUGUUUCAUAUAAAAUGCCAAGGAGCUACUAGUUGUAAUUCAGUUACAACUGUGAACGACACAUAACGCUUACAAUAUGAAAAUCGCUGUGUAUUUGCUUGCGUGUCUUUUUGUGUAUGUUGCAUCUGAAAACUGCAUGACUUCCAUUAAUGAAUGUCAAAACACAGCAUGUAAGACAAACUUCACGGUACAUUGCAUAGACGGUCUUUGUACCUGUUUAUCGCGUCCAACAGACCAGUCUUGCUCAGUUGCAAGUGACUGUAGCAGCGCCACGGCUGAUCAUGGACAUCAUCACCAUUGUCACACGGAUGGAAACACAGUUACGUUUCACUGUAUUGACUUCCGUUGCCGCUGUUUACAUUAAAAGUUUGCAUUAAAUCGAAUUGAUAGAAAACUUCCAA